AAAGAUGCCCGGAUAUUAAAAUCUUGAAAUGGAAAAUAUUUCCUCACAAAAUGUCCAGUUUUCAGAUUCUUCAGUGUCGAAUAUAGCAAGACCAAGUACUUCGUAUGAUGCGGAUUCUAUCAACGAACAAAAUGUAGUCUAUGGCAAUCUAUUCCAGCGUCAUUUUGACAGCGAAAAUGGUGUUAUUUCUGCUGAUAAGGUUCGUCUGGCGCUGUAUGAGAUUGGUCUCUACCCAUCAAGAGCACAGGUUGAGGAGAUGCUCCAAUCAGCUGCCAAAUAUGGUCACCAUGACGACAGCUUCCUGACUCAGGCAGAGUUCACUUUUAUGGCAUCUGAACUCAAUGGUCUCUAUAGUAAAUGCCUUGGUCCACCUGUAGCACAGUGUAAAGUGACAAGUGACAAUGACCUCAUUCAAAAUCGCUACAAGAGAAGCAUGUCGGGGAUUAUCAAAGAACCCUUCCAAGUUUUCCUUGGGGGGUCCUGUAACCCGACCACGUGGCGUAGAGACGAUGCAAUACCCUACCUCAAACAACAUGGAGUCACGUAUUAUAAUCCGCAAGUUGAAAAGUGGCAUCCGGCUCUGAUAGAAAUAGAAGAUCAAGCGAAACUUCAGGCGCAUCUCCUCUUCUUUGUCAUAGACAACAAGACUCGGUCCACUGUGUCUAUGUUAGAAGCUGCAUAUUUAGCAGGUUGUGGGAAGCAGCUUAUUCUGGUCAUACGAUAUUGUACUGAAAACUGCGCAAUUUCUCAAACAGAAAAUAUUUCUGAAGAGGAGUUGGAAGAACUCUACCAAGUGAGGACUUGGCUACUGGAUGUUGUGGAAAGAACUGGAAUUCCUGUUUUCACUGAUCUCAAGCUAGCACUAGAGUGUGCGGUCAAGUGCAUUAAACAGGGUUUAUCAGUUCAACAACUGUCUACAGAACAUGGAGCUACUCCAGUGAAAAAUGGACACUUGCGUGUGGGCCACAGACUUGUUAAAAUCCAUGAUGCUUUCCAUUCAGUGAAUAAAGAAGAAACAAUAUCUCAAAAAGACUUAUGUCAUGCAUUUAGAGUGCUUCACGGUUGUGCAAUAACAAGAAAAUAUAUCAGGGAUAAAAAAAGAUGCAGCCACGGGUACAAAUUUGAUGAUUUCCUUGCAAUCGUCAAUGAAACGGACAAAAGAGAGAGGAUGAGUGCUCGGAACAGAAGCCCUCUUUACAAGGCCCUAUGCAGCAUUCAGAAACUGCCAAAACUCAUCAAAGGUUGGUUUAGUCGGAGCAGCAACUCAGUUGAGAAUAGCAGGGAUGUUAAACAUGUAUAUCUAGUCAGCAACUGGACUGAACACCAUUGGAAGGACAAUGUAGUCAUACCUACAUUCAUUGAGAACAGACUUACGUAUGUUGAUGCCUCGCAGCACGGCUGGGAUGAGACAGCUAGGCGACAGUGCCAACUACUCUUCUAUGUCGUUGCCAUGGAAACCAAAUCAAUUAUAACUAUGGUGCAGGCUGGCCAUGAUAUUGGGCAGGGAUACAACGUAGUGCUAGUCAUCGAACAAACAGAUAAUGAUAAGAAAGCGAAGAACUUCAGACAAUCUAUCCAUGCAGUGAAUGACCAUGAGAGAGCUUGUAUGUAUCUGGUAGACAUUGCCAAGAGAGAGAAUAUCCCUGUCUUUUCACGCCUCAAAGAUGCAGCAGACUUUACUGUGGAGCAACUGAAGGGAAACGUGCAGUGAUGAAAUCAUACGCCAUAUUUGGUCAUAUCCCAUUAUCACAUGACUGGGAACCAUUUUUCAUUUAAUCAUGCGAACAUCACACUUAUCAUCGAAAUGCUGCAGACAUUAUUGUUCAAUUUCUGAAUUGUACUGUGUGUUGAAAAAAUUUAGGAGCAUCAUUUUCUGCUCCAAGACAGACAAAUGGAACGAAAGUCACAAUGCCAGAUCUGGAUGAAUUUCAUGAAGUCUUUCCAGUUGUCAUAAUGAGAUGAACAUUUCUAGAUGGACACUAUCUGACCACCAUUAUAAUUCAGGCAUAAAACAUUGUUGUAUUAUUUUUUGAAGUCAGUAUUUUCUUCAAUGAUUUUACAAGAAAAACACCAGUUAAAAAGAAGUAUAUAAACAAAUAGAUGUUACUAAGAAAGUGUCAUUACAUGCACAACAGUAAAAAAAACACGAAAAAAAUGUAUGGGAAUCUAAGCAUUCUUUGUGUUUCUAAAUAUUGGGAUUGUAGUUUGAAAUAUCAUGCAGCAUUAUUAUGUCAUAACCACAAGUAGUUUCCAACUUUUUGUGGAUGGCGGUUGGUGUUUGGCGUAACAAAUGGCAUGUUGACAUUUGCAUAUUAAUGCCU